ACAAAGAGGGCAGUUCCAGCCUUUGGAGGGGUGUGGUCUGUGUCCAAGAGCAGCCCAGUUGAGGAUAAAAUGUGGAGAAGUGAUGCUUUGGCUGCUUUAGUACCAAACCUCCCUGAAGAAGAAAGACCGGGAGCACUUUGAAGCUCGCAGAYACACGAGAGGCACUUCUUCCUGCUACACCCGAGCUCUGCAGCUUUACUGGAGGAGUUUUCUUCUUCUUCACGUUUCCUCUCUGCAUCAUUAAGAUCUUCAGAAAUAAACCUCACCUCUUAUCAGAAGACAAGAAAGUCUCUCCUCUCAUCCAUCCAUCAUCCAUCCAUCCAUCCACCCAACCUCUCCACAUCAGCAUCACUUCCGAGGAUGAAGCGAGCGUCUCCGUCGCCCUGGCUGAGAGGAGCCUCCGUGCUCCUGCUGCUCCGCGCCGCCACCUCCAUGGCUAUGCUCCCCAAUUCCACGGGCUGGCAGCAGAUCCUGGACAAGUACCUGGACGAGGACGGCGACUGGUGGGAGGCCAAGCAGAGGGGGAGGCGGGCCAUCACAGACAGCGACGCUCGCCUCAUCCUGGAGCUUCACAACAAGCUCCGAGGCCAGGUCUACCCUCCUGCCUCCAACAUGGAGCACAUGGAGUGGGACACAGAGCUGGAGCGUACAGCAGAGGAGUGGGCAGAGACCUGUCUGUGGGAGCAUGGUCCUGAGGGUUUGCUCCCACAGAUCGGGCAAAACCUGGGCGCCCACUGGGGAAGAUAUCGUCCACCGACAUCUCACGUCCAGGCCUGGUAUGAUGAGGUGAAGGAUUACUCUUUCCCUUACCCUCAAGAGUGUAAUCCCUACUGCCCGUUCAGGUGCUCUGGACCAGUUUGUACACAUUACACACAGCUGGUUUGGGCCACCAGCAGCCGAAUAGGCUGUGCCGUCAACUUGUGCUACAACAUGAAUGUGUGGGGGCAGAUUUGGGCCAAAGCUGUGUAUCUUGUUUGCAAUUAUUCACCAAAGGGGAACUGGUGGGGUCAYGCCCCUUACAAACACGGGACCCCAUGCUCUGCUUGUCCUCCGAGCUACGGAGGAGGCUGCAAGGACAAUCUUUGCUACAAAGUUGAAGAUGACAGGUCCAACCGUCUGCAAGAGGAAACAGAAGAGAACAACUUCAUUGAGCCAGAGGCCCCUCGUGGUACGAAGCCCUGGUCCCGGGCUUCCAAGCCUGAACCUCCUGGCCUCCCUCCCCCAACCACCRAGCCCCCCACAGAGGACCUGCAGAACGAAGUGGUCAACACACAGCAGAUGUCUCAGUUUGUAACCUGUGACACCAAGUUACGAGAUCAGUGUAAAGGAACAACUUGUAAUAGAUACGAAUGUCCAGCUGRAUGCCUGGAUGCAAAAGGAAAAGUCAUUGGAACAGUAUUCUAUGAAAUGCAGUCGAGCGUGUGCAGAGCUGGUCUACAUGCUGGUGUCAUCAAUAAUGAUGGAGGGUGGCUGGAUGUGACAAGACAAGGCAGAAAAGACUUUUUCAUCCGAUCCGAUAAGAAUGGAGUUGAGUCACUUGGAAAAUACAAAAGUGCGAACUCCUUUACAGUUUCCAGAGUGGCAGUUCAAGCCGUCACAUGUGACACCACAGUUUUACAGCUGUGUCCCUAUGAAAAACCUACAAGACAUUGUCCAAGGUUAUACUGCCCAAGGAACUGUUUAGAAGAGAACCCUCAUGUGUCCAAAGUCUUUGGUACCAGAAUAUAUUCUGAUAAGUCCAGUAUCUGCCGAGCAGCCGUCCACGCUGGAGUCAUCAGUAACCGUGUGGGUGGAUACAUAGAUGUGAUGCCAGUGGACAAACGGAGACACUACAUCGCCUCGUAUCAAAAUGGCAUUUCCUCUGACAGUAAUCACUAAGAUGUUGAUGGUGAGAGAAGGAGACAACCUGAAAAUAAAUCUCCUUCAGAAUCCUCCAGGAGGGAAGGCGUUCCGGGUCUUCGCUGUGAUUUGAGCAGCUUGCAGGGCGCUUUCACCAAACCUAAAGCACUCUUGGAGCUUUUGAAAAGACAGUAAUGAAGCCAAUCUGUGGAAAUCAAUGACUGAAAUCGUUCAGUCCCUGCCACACUUCAGGGGUCGGAGGUCUUCACCGUGACAGCAUUAAGCCAGCAAGGAAAACUAAAAGCUGCCUUUCUCACUCUCACAUAUUUGUUUUUUUAUGCCAAUUUUUUUUUAGUGAUGGGGACUUUAUAAACUGUAAAUAAGGCUGGAUAAUUUGAUGUACAUAUUUUCUAAUAGUGUGGCUGUUUUUAUGUGCUGUUGUCUUGCCAAAUAUUUUUUAUAUACGUAUUAAUUUUAAAACUCCCAUAUUUUCUUGGCACAUAUAAAGACCUUUAAUUUUUUAUUGUUCUAAGUUUGGCACAUUUUUGUUGAUGCUUCGGAGCAGUUGUUGCCAUAUUUUUGUACUUUUGAAAUCUUUGAGAAAAAAUAUAUUGCAUUUAUUUUUA